AUGUGUCCUCCUCCUGCCCCCCAAGUCUUCGCCCAACCCAUCGUCAGCAAGGCCCGGCCGGAGCUUCUCCGCUCCCACUUCAUCCCCACCUUGGAGAAGCUGAAGAAACGGGCGGGGAAGGUGGUGGCCGAGGAGGAGCAGCUGAGGAUGGAGGCCAAGGCCGAGGGAGAAGAAGCCGAGCUCCUCAUCCGCGAUGAGUUCUCCGUCCUCUGCCGGGACCUCUACGCCCUCUACCCCCUCCUCAUCCGCUACGUGGACAACAGCCGGGCCAAGUGGUUGACUCAACCCAACGAGGACGCGGAGGAGCUGUUCCGGAUGGUGGGGGAGGUCUUCAUCUAUUGGUCCAAAUCCCACAACUUCAAGCGUGAGGAGCAGAACUUCGUGGUGCAGAACGAGAUCAACAACAUGUCCUUCCUGACGGCCGACAGCAAGACGAGGAACCUGAGGAACAUCUCAUGGGGACGUGAGGAACAUCUCAUGGGGACACAAAGGUGUUGA